CCAGCGCAUUGCAGGCCAUCCGCUAUAAAGGAACCACUCCCGCAACCGUCGCUCCACCGCCGUCACCGCCGCCGCCUCCGGUACGCUCAUUUUUUUUUUUUGUUUCUCUAUCAGUUUCAAGGAUAUACGCUAUUUACGUUGCCUAUAUUCACCGCACAUACAUUCCUGGUGGUGGUGGUGUUUUUGCACUUUUUUUGGAUAUGGACAUUCGCCGGAGGCACCGUACCAAGCAGUCAAACCGCGCGCGGCAGCACCAGUCCGCCGGCGGCGUCAAUCCGAAAGCUUCCGACGCUCUGCCUCUGCCUCUGUACCUGACCAACGGCAUUUUCUUCACGCUUUUUUUCUCGGUCGCGUAUUUUCUUCUGCACCGUUGGCGUGAUAAGAUCCGAGAUUCCGUCCCCCUUCACGUGGUCACGCUUUCCGAACUCGCCGCGGUUGUGACGUUAAUUGCGUCGUUUAUCUAUCUGCUUGGAUUCUUCGGAAUCGAUUUUGUGCAGUCGGUUAUUUCGAGAUCAGAAAGCGACGUCGAGACCCAGAGGUUCGUUGUCGGUGAAGAUCGAGUAGUUAAUCAGCGCUCCAUGCCGACGCAGGCUGCGUCCGCUUCCAAAUCCAUGGAGACUGUUCCUCACAACGACGAAGACAUCGUCGAACGAGUCGUUUCCGGCGAAAUUCCGUCUUACUCUCUCGAAUCGAGGCUCGGAGACUGCCUCCGAGCAGCCAAAAUUCGCCGUGAGGCCGUGCAACGCCUCUCCGGAAGGUCGAUUGAAGGAUUACCUUUCGAAGGAUUCGAUUACGAGUCAAUUUUAGGGCAAUGCUGUGAGAUGCCCGUCGGAUACGUACAGCUUCCGGUAGGGAUAGCAGGACCUCUUCUGUUGAACGGCCGCGAAUAUUCCGUUCCUAUGGCCACCACCGAAGGGUGUUUGGUGGCGAGCACCAACCGCGGUUGUAAGGCCAUCGCCGCCUCCGGCGGCGCCACCUGUGUGAUUCUCCGUGACGGAAUGACCAGAGCUCCGGUGGUUAGGUUUCCCUCAGCCAAAAGAGCGGCGGAGUUGAAAUCCUACUUAGAGGAUCCUCUGAAUCUCGAUACACUGUCUGUUGUUUUCAACAAAUCAAGCAGAUUUGCAAGACUCCAAGGAGUCCAAUGUGCAAUUGCUGGAAAAAAUAUGUACAUUAGAUUUAGCUGCAGCACUGGUGAUGCUAUGGGGAUGAACAUGGUUUCUAAAGGUGUUCAAAAUGUUCUAGACUUUCUUCAGAAUGAUUUUCCAGACAUGGAUGUUAUUGGCAUUUCCGGAAACUUCUGCUCCGAUAAAAAACCAUCUGCCGUAAACUGGAUCGAAGGGCGCGGAAAGUCCGUUGUAUGCGAAGCCGUUAUUACAGGGGACAUCAUCGCAAAAGUGUUGAAAACCACAGUCCCAGCGCUUGUCGAGCUCAACAUGCUAAAGAACCUCGCGGGAUCUGCUGUCGCCGGUUCAAUUGGUGGCUUCAACGCACACGCUGCCAACAUCGUCUCCGCGAUUUUUAUCGCCACCGGGCAGGAUCCUGCGCAGAAUGUUGAAAGCUCUCACUGUAUAACUAUGAUGGAAGCCGUCAACAACGAGAAGGAUCUCCAUAUCUCCGUCACUAUGCCAUCUAUCGAGGUCGGGACAGUUGGCGGCGGAACCCAACUGGCGUCGCAAUCAGCUUGCCUGAACCUGCUCGGCGUAAAGGGCGCGAGCAAAGAUUCUCCGGGGUCGAACUCACAGCUUCUGGCGUCCAUUGUCGCCGGCUCCGUCCUGGCUGGCGAGCUCUCUCUCAUGUCUGCCAUUGUCGCCGGCCAGCUCGUCAAAAGCCAUAUGAAAUACAAUCGAUCUAGCCGGGACUUCACCAGAAUUUGCGCCUAGAUCGACAGAUCUCUCGCCAAAUGCUGUUAGACGAUCAUGCGAGGGAUGCAGUGCGACGUAUGGUCGAGCCCCGACAUGCGGAAACCACCCCAUGCCGUGGAUCUUUUACAGCUCGACGUCGAAAAUUUCCGAUCGAUUCCGAAGAAAUUGGACGGUAGCAUAUGAACAGCCAGGUUAGGUCUUGCUAUAUUCCUUUCUAUCAUAUUUAUAAUAUUUCCAUUUUUAGAAAAACAAUUCGACUUAUCGACCCAUCCCGUAAUAGUGUUGUGUAGUGGUUUUUUACUUUUUUCUUGUAAAAGUUUAGGUUAAGUUGUGGGAAGAAUUUAAGCUUAGUGUGUAAUGUAGAUGUAUGGUAGAUAUGUAGUUGCGGUAUAUAUAGAUAUAUGCAUGUCAGGGUGGUGUUAUAGUGGUGAAUGAUUUUAUUGAAUAGUA